UUGAUUAAUUUUUUGUGAUUUCUUUCCUUCGAUUCCCGUCAAUCUUAGCAUGCGUUUGACAUAAUAAUUAAAAUUUCAUCAACGCAAAGCAUCAAAUAGGUUGAUUUCCUGUGUCGUCUAGUAACCACCGACCGGUGAUCGAAAACGAUAGCAGCAGUACAGUUUCGGUGUGUCAAGUUUGAAGUGUGCCACAGUCGAAGGCAAACCCGAUCACAUCCACAAAUUUCCCGCAAUGAGCAAUAUACCCCUAUCGAACGAUGAGCGUCACGUUCGAAAUCAUCCCUGGUAUGAGAGAAUGCAACAGCAGCAGCAACAUCCACCCUUCAAUCGUCCACGAGUGGUGCUAGAAGAAACUCUACACGACGACACCUCGCGUAUCAUUCAACGCCCAACGACGUCCUUUCCGCCAGAACAUCGCAGACGCGGUCAAGGUCGUGGCCGGCCACACCAGGAACAUGCCCAGUUGCCCCAACCCAUCGGAGAUUACAUUGAAACUGACGCCGACGUGGAUGAUACACUGUCAGAGUUUGCAGGCGGCUGGUACAGUCCACGCCGCCAACGCAACCGAUCAUCAACGAUGCGUCCGACAACGUGGAAAAAAUUGAACCAAUGGCUUGACGCACACCAGCAGGUCGGAAACGAGAACAUGGAGAAGGUACAAAGCAUGGCCGAAUUACGUUUCGCUGAGUAUAUGACUAGCGAGGAGGAGGAAAACAAUGAACAGCAUACGGCGGAUGCGCCGGAAAAGGAGCAACAAAAGGAUAUGAAACCAGACUCAGAUGAAACUAACAAAGAACGCACGGACACACAGCCAGAGGUUGCUCCAGCGGAGGCAGAAGUUCCACCUCCGAAACGCAAAUCCAUCGUAGUUGUGUAUCACCUUCUUAAAAAUCUUAUGCUGUUAUUGCUGUAUAUUAUCGAAACACUGUCACCGGUAACCUUUCCGCUGCUAAUAUUUCUGAAGAAUCAUAUGAAAACGGGCAUAAUGUACCUUUGGGCGCGUUUCUUUCAACCGAUUAUGAUGCAAGGUGCUCAAGCGAGGGAAGAUCCCCUGUCGAUGGUCAUUAUGCUGUUGGUGCUCCCUGUGGUUGCUCUACUGGGAGUUGCCUACUGUUUUGUUUGCUUAUUCUAUUGGUUGCAUCGUUUGUUUCUAGUUGAACCCUAAAUUUGGACGAAUUUGAUGUCUAAAAGGAACAUAAAAAGCCCAUACAUAUUUUAAAUUGAAGCAGCAACAGCAUUACGUGAUUUUAAAAAGGAAAGGAAAAAUGUUACCACUUCACAGUAUUGGACGAAAUAAAUUAUUCCUUUUGCAUUUAUGGGCGAUAACCUAA